AUAUAUUGUUGAAAUGUCGUUAUUUUUUGUUGCUCUAACUCACCCUCUUCCUAAUCCUUCCCUGGUUGACAUUGCCGAAGUUAUGAAGAACACUAAGGAUGAUGUCUUUAGUCUGACGCUAUGGAAGAUUGAAGAUCUUUAUGAAGAAAAUGCGCCAAAGUGGGAAGAACUUACAACACUUGUAAGGUCUUAUACCGAAACUGACAUUGAGAAGUUCGGAGGUAAAAAGUUAUCAUCAACUAAGAAGUUUAUAGAAGAAUUUUCAGUCGUUCCAGAAAAUAGAGUUCACAUCCUCGUGCAAUUCCCACCGCCCGCCACCGCUGGAAAGAGAAAACUGGAAUAUUCGGACGAAGAUAAUGUAAAGAAAGACAAAUUAAUGGACUUCCAAGAGAAAAAUAAGAAUAUGAUCAAACUCCUUAUCGAAAACUUAGAUUCUAUCGACACAAAUCAACAAGCGUUCAAUGUGCCACCAUUGCCAUUGCCAGGAGAAGUUGAUAAAAUAGCGAUAUAUAAUCGAAAGUGCUAUAACUAUUAUCGUAACUUAAUACUCAAUAAUGAAUCCCACAAUCGAUUUUUAAUCACCGGAAAUCCAGGAAUCGGCAAGAUAUAUUUUGGAAGAUUAAUGUUAGUGGAGCUUCUUAAAAAAGGAAACAAAGUUAUUUUCGACUGUAAAGAUUGCACACUAUAUAUUAAUCUUCGGGGUGAAUCUUUCACAGUGGAUAGUAAAAAAGAGUAUCUACUUCUUGCACAAGGGAAGUUUAUAAUGGUGUCUUCGCAUAAAAGAGAUAUCAUUGGCGAUUUUGACAAACAAAAAUGCAAAACACUAUACAUGCAAACUUGGAAUGAAGAAGAGUUACUUAAAUGUUGGGACAAACUAUAUAAAGUCAAAAUUUCUGAAGAAACAAUCAAAAAGAAAUUUAGAUUAUGUGGUGGGGUUCCAAGAUGGAUUUUCGAUAAUGAUAUGAGCUAUAAAAAAAUUUAUAAAAUGAUUGUUUCUGCAUCUGAAUCAUUUGAUCAAAAUAUUCUAGAUUAUCAAGCCAAACUCUUCAUUGGCCAUGAAUUUUCUCACAAGAUAAUUCAUAUACACACCAAUUCUGAGGAAACAAAAGAUCCAUAUACCGAUGCCUUCUGCCUUUUUGCAUCCAAAUAUGCGGCAAGUAAAUGUUUGGAUCACUUAAAAAAACAUAACAAGGAGAAACUCCGCACUUUUAUUGACAGUGCAAGGAAUAUAAAGGAAAUGAGCGCUCUUCAAGGACAGCUAUUUGAAUUGUUGUCACAUGAAAUUCUUCGUUGGGGAGGAAAAUUUUUAGUACGCAAACUAACAGAAAGGGGAGCAGAACCUGAAGAAUUUGAAGAAUUUGAAUCAGAUUUAAAAGAAAUUUUUUUUUGGUCUAUUGAUGAGAUUACAGGUGAUAUACAGCAAGGACAAAAAAAUUAUUAUCGGCCAGAUUCUGAUACAUUUGAAAGUAUUGAUAGUUAUGUUUAUCCGAAUAAGAUGUUUCAAAUCACCGUUUCUAGGAGACAUGGUGUCAAACAAGAUGGGCUAAGAGCAAUUAAGGAAGUCUUAGAUGAAGAUUCUGAUAUUAACAUUUACUUUGUAGUGCCAAAGGAUAAAUUUGGAAAUUUUAAAACAAAACAGCCUUACGAAAAUAAGGGGGAUGGCAAAAAAUUUGACGUUUGGAUUAAUAAAAUAGUGCAGUAUGCAUUAUGCAUAGAUUUUGAUAAGUAUUGCGGUGAAUUAUAA